AUGAGCUCGAGCGAAGAAAAUGUUCAAAAAUCUGGGUCACUGUAUCCAGACUUAGUUCGUAGUCCUCAAGAGCAGUUUACUGAAAAUGGCGCAGUUGAGAAGAUCGACGAGACAUUUCAGCAAUCUGAUGAAAAGGCAGACAUUCCCGUGACAAGUCAGCCUACCCCCAUAGAGGUUCCAAUAUCUCAGGACUUUGUAAGCGCCACAGAAGAACAAACCAUUCUUCUUGAUUCUCAGAGAGAUGAGAAACAAGGAGCGAUAACUAAGCAACCAGGUUCAACUCCAAAGAAAACUGCUCCUCAAUUCAGCUCAAAACUUUGUGGAUGUUGCGAAGAAGAUUUAAUGUGUAUGAAAGCACUUUGCCUCCCAUGCGCCUCGGUGUAUUCGAUAGAGAAGGAACUCUCGAAUGAGACAAAAGCAACCGCAUGUGGGAUCUCAUACUUCCUUUUCGUGGGAAUGUAUUUGGCAGGUCAAGUUCUUUUAUUCACUGGAGGACUCAUGAGUGGAAAUGUCAUGGCAUACACUGGCUGUUGCGGUGGUGCUUGUCUUGUAUGUUCACAACGGCGAACAAUAUCGAAGACGUACGGCAUUAAAUCGAACGCUUUUAGUGACUUCUGUAUUUCAUACUGCUGCGUUUGUUGCGCUCUGGUUCAACACGAGCGAGAAGUCAAAUCUGGAAGAGAGAAGAUUGUUUGA